GUGAGCUGGGGCCGGACUCGAGCGAGGAGGCAGCGGGGUGCGGGCAGGGCCGCCCCGAACCGAACCGGGAGAUGUCGGUGGAGCACGACAACUCGGAGCCGAUGGACGAUAACGAGUCGGAUGUCUUUGAAGUUACUCUCCCAAUCACUAUCUUGGUGGUGAGCGAUGACGAUUUUUUGGAAGAUGACGCGGAGGAGCAGGCAGCGCCGGCUCCCGAGUUAGAGGAGGAUGAGCAGGAGGUGAACUUAAACAGUGAUAUCUUCCUAGAAAGUAAUGUGACACCUUCAAAUGAUAGUAGCGGUUUCCGCAUUUUGGAAGAAAACAAGACUGGUCCAAAUACGGAUGAUUGUAUUAAAUACUCUGAAGAAAAAUGUGUUGCUGAGAGUGUGUGUAACAGAUCAGAAUCAUCUUUAAGUGACUGGUGUGAUGCAGGCAAGGAUAACUGUAGUCAAAAACAUGUGUUGCUUACACCAUCUUGCAAAACAGAGCUUAUAGACGUAAAUGAAACCAGUGACAGAGAAGAAUAUGAUGGUGCCUUUCAGAAGAUUCUUCCUCUCCUCUCCUCUACUGACAGUGAGGGUAGAGAGGAUGCCAUCAAGACAAGCAGAGAGUUGACACUGGCAGUGACAUCCAGCCAUAAAGAGGAACUUGCCAGUGUUGCUGGUGUUCUUUCUGAUGUCAGUCAAGAGGAACAACCAGAGGUCCAUAAGGAGAUGGAGACAGUGGAAGCGAAAGAUGCUGAUUCCUCAAAGAAUGAAGAAAAUGAAGCUAAUAGCAGAAAAAGAAAGGCAGUCAAUUUUGAAAAUGAAACUCUGAGUUCUCUUUUCGAACAUGACUUGAAAGAACAACCGACACCUACCUGUAAUAGUUCUGAUCUGUCUUUUAAUGGACGUUGUUCUGCUUCAGAAGAAUUGCUAAAAGAUGUAGGGAAACUGGAGAUGAAUGCUUCCUCUCCAUCUAAAUCAAAUACUACUGAAGAGAAUAUUUAUGAGCCAUUAACACCAUUUCCUAAGAAAAGAUAUCAGCAACAAGAAUUUGUUUCUUCUCAUGCAAGCCCAAAAGAAUUCCAAAGCCAGCAAGAAGGUUUACCAUGGCUAAGUAAUAAUGUGACCAUCAAACCUCUUCCUAAAGCAUCUUGUUCUAUAAAUAAGCAUGAAAGAUGGAAUUUCAAGUGCAAGUUUUGUAGUUCUGUAUAUAAAUACAACGCACAGCUAAAGAAACAUGUUUAUUCAGCUCAUAAAGAUAAGAAAAUACAUAAAUGCUGCUUUUGUAGAAGAACUUUUUUCUUUUCUGUCAACCUUAAGAAUCACCUUAAAUUUCAUGAGAAGAUGGCGAGGUUGCACAAGGCAAGAAAAAAUAGAAUAAAUGCGAGAAAGGUCAGGCAGAGGAGAUCCGAAGAAAGAAAAUCUGAGACCAAGAAAAGACAAAAUAAAUAUGACAGAUAUUUCAUCAAAAUUGAAAGGGACUUUAAACCUCUGGGUGUGCCAGUUAGUUUUUCCUGCAAAAUUUGUUUAUUUGCUUCAUCAAAUCCUAAGAUUUUUAUUCAUCACAUGAAGAGACAUAAAGUAAGACCACCUUACCAGUGUCCUCAGUGUGACUACUCCUGCAAUAGCUUAUCCUAUCUGUUAAAUCACAUGUACUGGCAUGCUGGGUAUAAACUGUACCAGUGCAGGUUUUGCACCUUUUUAUCAUUGUAUUUUGCAAGCAUGGUAAGGCACAGCUACAUACACUCACAGGCUAAACCAUAUUCCUGUGAGUUCUGCCAGUCAGCAUUCAGAAGCAGCACUGCGUUAGAGAGACACAGAAGAUUACAUGCAGGCAAAGAAACAUGCUGUGGGCAGCAAUGCAACGUCAUAAGUGAAAGAAAGACAACUCAAAGACCUGUAAAGAAUUAUAAAUGUCAUGAGUGUAAUGUAGUCUUUUUCACUAGAGGACAGCUCAGCUUUCAUAAGAAAUUUCAUCAACAGUUUAAGGCUGCUGGUAAUGGUUAUAUGAAUCACAGCAAUGAAUGUCAUAAAAGCAAAAUAUGUGAAGUUGGCAGGGAUUCCGAGGACCACGUUUCUCUGCCUCUGGCUUCAGAGGUAAACUUUGAGCAG